UAAAAGCAAGGAAAGCAUUGUCCCCCAAAAUAUCCAAUCAAACGCAGAAGCUCAAAAACAGAAAGCAUGGCGUCCUCCAAAAAACCAGUACAGGAGAAGAAGGGCAACGAAACAAAGAAGAAAGUGACCGAAGGCAAUAGCGGGAAGAAAGGAAGGAACGAGACGAACAGCAGCAAGACCUGCAAUGGCACCGUGAGCAAUUCGAAGAUUGUACCCUUACAAUCUUCGAGCUCCGAAUCGCAACACAAAGUGGAAGAUGGGCCUGAAAUUACGAAAACACCCACCAGCAGCUCCAAAUCCAGGAAAGGUAAAGGGCAACAGAAGGUCAAAAGAGAACGAGAGGAAGAGGUCGCCGAGAAAGAGGAUGCGAAGAUGAACAAGUUUCCUAUGGACCGGAUUAAGAGGAUUAUCAGGAGCGAAGAUUCCAAUUUGCGCAUCAGCAGCGAAGCGAUUUUCCUUGUCAACAAAGCCACGGAGAAGUUUCUUGAAAAAUUCUGCGCAGAUUCAUAUGCUUGCUGUGUUCAGGACCGGAAGAAGUCUCUUGGUUACAAGCACCUCUCAUCAAUUGUCUGCAAACGGAGGAAAUAUGACUUUCUUUCAGAUUUCGUUCCAGAGAAACUAAAAGCUGAGGAUGCACUGGCAGUAGCAAAGUUAACCAAAUCGGAAGCAGGAUAGGAAUUUCCAAAUGUGCUGAGGAGAUAAUAGGAUGACAAUUUUUUUCCUUUAACAAUGGUAUAUGUUUUCAGACUCAUACGCUGUUGCUGUUUGCCUCUUACUCAUCAGUGCUGAGAAGCUGAUGCAUGGUUCGCAUUUCCCCCUUGGAUUAUUUAGUGUCUGGAUAUAAGCGGAAUCUGCUUAACUAUAAAAUUGCGUUGAGUUGAUAAGUGAGCUGGUGAAUUAGCAUCCUCUUGGAGAGCAGAUAUAGUUGUAUCUAAUGAUUGUUGAACCCGGCUAUUUUCUAAAAUCUGGGACACUAGUGCUUUGGAUUCUGCAUGGCCAUUUGGCCAUCGAGUUUAAUAGAAUUUUUAUUUUUAUUUUUCCUCCAUAA